UUUCCGGUGAGGCGAGGCAGAGACAGUCAGGCAGACAGACUUCUGCUCGGUUUGAUAAAAACCGAAACCUGGUUAAACAUCAUAAAAACCAAAGGAAACAACAAAAGGAACAAAAGGAGGACGUUUUUACGGGAGGAAGAGGAUUUAUUUGAACUUCCGGUGAGGAACCGAGAGGAAAAACAAACCGCUUCGCCUCUUCAGGAUGUGAGAGAACUGCAGCAGAUAAACUUCUUCCUUCUCAGCCUCAAGAACAACAGACGAGACGCAGCGGACAAACAUGGCUCUGUUCUUCUCUGGAGCCGUCACAAGUUCCCCGAUAAAACGGCGGCUGCGUGGGAAUCACUCCUGCCACAGCCCGGACGUCUCCCUCCUCUCCCCCGACUCGUCGUACGUCUGCUACCCGUCUGCGCAAGCCGGCGCCCCCUGCUGCUGCCGCCGCUCGCCGCGCCUCCUCACCAACGGUUACUAUGACGUCACAGAGGACAGCUUCUGCCUGGACGAGGACGGAAACGUGUCUCUGACCGACUGCAGGACCAGCGUGUCCUACAAGGAGAACCUGGUCAGAGUUUUCCGGCGCAGGCGGAAACCUCGCAGCGCUCUGGUUUCUCUGCUGAGCGGCGUUUCAGAGAGCUGCCAGUCAUGGCUGGACCAGAAGGUGUUCAGAGGCAUGCUGGGAACCGGCCUCAGACAGGACCCGGACCCGGACCUGGACCUGGACCUGGACCCGGACCUGGACUGGGCCCUGGUCGGCCAGCAGGUGGCGUCUCCGUGUCGAUUGGACAAGUCUCUGUGGGCGGGGCUAAACGCCGAUCUGGACGACGGACGAAGCUUCACCUACGAUCCCACCGAAACCCCGCCUCCUCCAGACAAAGAAGCCCCGCCUCCUCCUGAUGAAUUAGCCCCGCCUCCUGGGAAGAUGCUGAUCCAGGAGGAAAUCUGCUCUGAGAUCAGUCAGUCCACGCAGCGCUUCACCCAAUCACUGAGCGGCCUCUCUGAAGUCCCGCCCCCUUCGGCCUUCUACAGCUGCUGCCAGGCGGCACCUGAACCUCCAGGACUGACGAUGAAGGCUCUCCUCAUCCUCAUCUUCAGCAUCUUCAUCAUCAGCGUCCUCUACUCAGGCUCCUGCUGGUGGAGCGCCAUGGUAACGGCGGCCAUGUUGGCGACGAUCUCAGCCGUGAUGUUCGUGACAAAGUCGGGUCCGAUGGGCGAGUGGCGGAGAGCGAAGACUGAGGACAUCACAUCCAGGAACGAGUAGGAACCAGAACAGAACCAGGACCUGAACAGAACCAGAACCAGACAGGAUUCUGUAGAAACCUUCCUGCUGGUUUUUCCAUCAGUGUUUGAAUCCAGCUGGACAAAAAGGUGAAACUGGUUCUGAGCUCUGGAGGCUUUUAAAGCUAACCGGGUUUGAAUUCACAGAAAGAGAAACAAUCAUGGCUGACGAGAGAGAAAAGUCAUCAGGAAUCAAUAAUCAAUAAUCAAUAAUCUGACUUUUACCAGCAGAUAAAGAAUAAAAACUGCUGUUGGUUUUAAAAUGGCUGAAGGAGCUCAGAGUCACAGAGAGAACCGUUCGGUUAGCUUAGCAUCGCAGAGAGCUGCAAAGCUUCACAUCAUGUUUAAAAUAUACAGAAAAAAAUCAUCAACUGGGAAUUUCUGUGGAAGAAACCAAACAAAGUUUUAAUCAAGUUCAGGUUUGAAUUUUACACAAAAAUCACCUGGAAUCCUGGGUGUGUCGUGGUGGCGUAGCGGUUAGCGCGACCCGUAUUUGGAGGCCUUGAGUCCUCGACGCGGUCAUCGCUGGUUCGACUCCC